GCCGUAUUGGAUCCGGACUGUGGAGCCAGGAGCCAACAAACUCAUCAAUAAGACAAUACAGGGACUCUACCCGUAGCCAAUGAACCGCUCGCUCUCACGGAAAGUGAGCGACUCGAUUGGUCGCGCCGCGUCGAUUCGCGAUUGUCUCGCUUUGCGCACGCGCGUAUACGCGUCUGCGCACAGCCGAGAGGAGAGACUCUCGCGCUUCACAAGCAUUCACAAGCGGCGUAAAAACAAAGGUGGGAAAAGGUUAAAGGGUAGACGUAAACCGCCUUCAAUCUGCUUCGCGCGCGAAUUAUACCGAGGAUGGAGAACAGCGGCGAGAGCGGAGAUGACGGUCCCCUGGGUUCGUCCUUCUUAAGCGGUGGCACCGUCGCGACUUCCUACAUUGGCGUGCAGUCGGACGACAUGGAAGAUGAUCCUGAGAACACAGACGACUCGAAUCACGGCACGGGGGACCCCCUACAGAGCCCCGGGGUCUCCACCGGCGGCGGGCCGCUCCGCGAACAGGAUCGCUUCCUGCCGAUAGCGAACGUCGCCAAGAUCAUGAAGAGGGCCAUCCCGGAGGCCGGCAAGAUAGCCAAGGACGCGCGCGAGUGUGUGCAGGAGUGCGUGUCGGAGUUCAUCUCGUUUAUCACGUCGGAGGCGAGCGACCGGUGUCACAUGGAGAAACGUAAGACUAUCAAUGGCGAGGACAUUCUGUUUGCCAUGACCACGCUCGGCUUCGACAACUACGUCGAGCCGCUGAAAGUGUACCUGCAGAAGUACCGCGAGGCGACCAAGGGCGACAACCCGCCGGGCGCCGGGACGCCCGCCGGCAACGGCAAGACGGAGCCGCCGAGCAUGUUCGAGGAUCAGUUGUUCGCCAUCACGGCGACGGCGGCCAGCGUCACCACUUCCGACUCGUCCGUCAUCUACAGUUACGCGUCCAACGAGCAGAUGCAGUUUCAGCUUUCCUGAUCAUUGAGAGUCAAAGUGAUAUUGAUAUAAGUAUUUAUCGUAUUUGUUCCGAGACACACUGUGUGAGUUGUGUGGGGACGAUCGCGCGCGCGCGCGCGCGGAUCCAGUCGCGCGGAGGAAGAAGGGGGAGCGGUUCUCGCUUAGCAAUACGCAUAGCAAAGUAUCUUUAAGUUUUUAACAUUAAGAUGACGAUCAUUGUAAGGCCCGAUCGAGGGACGAUGUGUCAGCGACGAAGUUAAAAGUUAACUUUAAUCUUUGUAAAGAAGCAACUUGUAAGCGGUGUGCGUUAAUAAACCAGGAGACUUCGCGAACGAGA